CGGGACAGUCCACAGCACACAUUCGAGAGUUCUCCAGAACGUUCCAUGCCAUUCCACCGUCUUCUUAAAAUCCCUUGCCAUCAUAUCUCUGAGAUCAGCAAUUUUCACUCAAUCAGAAACCCUCGUUCUUCCCUAACCCAAAUCCGUCUUCAUCACUGUGUGUGUUUGACCCCCAGCAAAAAUGGCAUCUGAAGCAGAGGACUCGGCGAACAUGGAGUUCUCUUUCUUGUUACCUUUCCUAUUGGACUUCCCAACCCCAGAUCAGGUUCAGGAAUACCUAACCAGCUCACCCGAUUCUCCCGGCCGGAUCAUCCUCAUCAACCCGGUGACCCGAGGGGUGUUGAUAAUAAAUGCUGUACCGGGCGAUUUGUUUAGUAAAGAUGGGCAUCCUCCGGCUUCAAAAGCUUCCAUUGAUGCUCUGCGAAGUGUUGAGGUCAGUGGAGAAGAAGGGGAGAAACCGGAGUGUGUGAUAUGCUUAGAGGAGCUGGCGAUUGGUGGGGUCGCCAAGGAGAUGCCAUGUCAGCACAGAUAUCACAAGGACUGUAUAGAGAAGUGGCUGGGGAUCCAUGGAUCUUGCCCUGUUUGUAGGUAUGAAAUGCCUCCAGAGGUGGAGAAGAAGGAGAAGAACAGUGAUGUAGUUAGGAGGGGAGGGGUAGUGGUGGGUUUCACCGUUAGUCAUCGGAUAGGCGGGGACGUUGGUAGAUCUGUUCCCGAUGAAUCUGAUGAAGAAGAAGAAGAAGCUUAGAUACGAUUUCUUCUGAAUUCUUUACUUUUGCCCCCUUUUGAAAUUUCAUGUAAAUAGCAGCAAAAGAUGUUAUUUUUCGUCGAGUUCAAUGAAUCCAAUUCUUGGUUUAUGAUUCAUUUAUGUGGUCUCUAUUGCAUCAAAAUUAUUUUUAAAGUUUUCUUGAAAUUUCUACUCUUAUUAUGUUUAGCAUUGUAUUUAAUUAGUUAUUAGUGGUUGGACAAUAAAAAUAGAAAAGC